AUGGCUCGAAAAGCUGGAGGACUUGCUGCUAUCAUGUCUGGGCAACCAGUGGUAGUAGUGAAGAAAAGAAGUGUAUUCUGGAGGCUUCGUCACUUAACAAGACAAGGUGGACUUCAUGUCGGGUUGAUUCUUGUUUGUAUACUGUAUGUGCAUGUGGGAGCCUUAUUCUUCAUGUAUAUUGAAAGUCCAGAAGAGGAACGAAUUCAUCGAAAAGUUUCAAAGAAAUUCGACAGUUUACGACACGAAUUUUUGAUGGAUAUUGAGCGGGUAAAACUGGAGGAUGCACCAGAUGAAUGGAGAGUUAAUGCCUCUGUUUCUCGGUUAAUCGACGACUACUCCAAACACAUUUUUCUACUUUUCAAGGAUCCGGUAGCUGCAAAUAUGUUUGACUGUCUUUUUUAUUCUCGAGCCAACUACACUCCCCUCUGGACAACUGAUUCUUCUCUUCUCUUCACUGCCACAACUAUCAUUCCUGUUGGAUAUGGAUACAUUGCUCCGUUGACAUCAACUGGAAGACUUGUUCUCUGUAUAUAUGCUGCCUGCGGAAUCCCUCUCGCUCUUGUCAUGAUGUCAGAUGUUGGAAAGUUUUUUGCCGAUGCUUUCGUCAAGUUUUUUCACGAGAAUAUCACUGCGUUUAUGGUGGUUCUGUUGUUUCUUCUGGUUGCGUACUCGUUGAUAGGAGGAAUCGCUUAUUCAAAUGUGACAGGAGUAUCAAUGAUAGAAGGAAUAUAUUUCAGUACUAUCACUAUUUUUACGAUAGGAUAUGGAGAUAUCAGUCCCGCUGUUCCAAUCUACGUAAUCAUAAUCUUCAUCGUUUUUGGUGUGGCUCUGGUAACCAUUGCUAGUGAGUUAACUUAA